AUGCUACCACACUCAUCUCAUAUACUGCAGCCGCUUGACGUUGGCUGCUUCUCGCCGUUGAAGCGCGCGUACAGCCGUGAGGUUGAGGCUCUAAUCCGCCACUACAUCAACCACAUCACCAAGCUCGAGUUUCUACCAGCGUUCAAGGCAGCCUUUGAUCGAUCGUUCACGCUAGCUAAUAUCUGCUCCGCCUUUCGAGGCGCUGGCCUUGUUCCUCUUCAGCCAGACGCUGUUCUGUCAAAGCUAGACGUGCAGCUGCGUACGCCUACUCCAGCUGCUCUACCAGAGGCUUCCUGGCAGGCUCGUACGCCGAGCAACGUACGUGAGCUUGAGGCUCAAUCAACGUUAAUACGUGAUCGCGUGCGACGGCACAAGAGCUCAUCACCAGCUCCGAUUAUUGAGGCGAUUAACCAGCUCAAGAAGGGGGCUGAGGUAAUAAUGCUCUCGGCUGAGCUAAUGCGCGAUCAGAUCACUAGCCUUGAGAGAGCCAACGAAGCAGCGUUAAAGCGUAAGCAGCGCGAGAAAAAGCGACUCCAGAAGCGUGGAGUCUUGACAAAGGGAGCUGGAGAGGAUAUACUCGCUCAACGUGAGGCUGAUCAGCAGAUUGCUCGUGAAGAGCGUCAAGGAGGAGAGCAAUCAGGCCUCAGCCGCCAGGCUCGGGCGCGCUGCACGAGGUGCAGAGAGACUGGUCACAACUCACGUACUUACAAAAACAAUACUUUAGAUACUGCUUAA